AUGAUACCGAGAGUACUCCGGCCAUCAUCGACACGCGUGCUCACGCCUCGGACUGGAGCCCUCCUCGGGGCUAGGGGGAUCGUCGCCCCUGCGCCCGAAGAUGCUGUCGGCGCAAGCAAGCCUGCCGCCGCCAAGCUGAAGAAGAACGUCCUCGAGGUAUCUGGCCCCGACGCUGCCAAGUUCCUCAAGGGUCAGAUGUGCAAGGACGUCGAGACGCUGGGCGGUGGCUACAGUGGUUUCCUGAAUGCUAGCGGCCGCGUCCUGCACACCGUCUUCUCCAUCCCGACACCGAAGGGCUACCUCAUCUCUUGGGAGCCCGGAUCGCCCUACCCUCUGGAGGAGUUGCUCAAGCCCUUCCGUCUCCGCUCAAAGGUCAAGUUCCGAGACGCAACAGAGGAGUACGACGUGUGGUCCGCUUGGGGUCUCCCCGCGUCCCCGGACCCGAAGCACCAGUGGCGUUUUGGCUCGGGCGGAGCUGCUGAGCGGCUAUGGAGCUGGGACGGCGACCGCGCCCCGUUGAACCUGAGCGAGGGCGAGGCAGGGACUUGGGAUCUCCGAGCUGGCUUUGGACCAGAGGCGAUGGGCAGGAUGGUGUUUGCGCCGAAGGGAAAGAAGCCCUCCGUUCUCAGCGAGCACGACGAAGUCGCCCUGCGUGACUACACCCGUCGGCGCAUGUCACUCGGUAUUCCAGAGGGUGACGCAGAGAUUGUACCAGGCCAGGCCCUCCCGCUAGAGUCUGACAUGGACAUCCACGGCGGUGUCGACUUCCGCAAGGGCUGUUACCUUGGCCAAGAGUUGACUGUACGGACGUACCACACGGGAGCCACCCGCAAGCGUCUCUUGCCCCUACGCCUUUACCCGCUGGGCACCUCCAGUUCGCCGGACACGACGAAAGCCGCCGUCGACUCGCUUCCCCCAGCCCCGAAGCUGGAUGGACCAGCAGACCUGAAAUGGGUCCCACCCUCUGACGCCAAGUCACAGCGUCCCAAGCCGGCGGGCAAGAUCAUGGCCGUGCUGGACGGAGAGGAGGAGGGCGGCCUCGGUAUGGGCCUAGUGCGUUUGGAGUACGCCGAGCGGGCGUGCUGGGGCGGUCUGUCUGGGCAGCUGCAGGCCGAAAUCAACGGGGAGAAGUGGAUGGUGGAUGUGGACAUGGGCGAGGCGUUCGGGCAGGCGGAGAAGAUCAAGCCCCCGCCGCCGCCCCCGGAGGACGACUAG